AUGAGGGAAAGGGGCGACAAGGGAGGGUGGUCGAGCAGAAUCCGCGUUUUCUUCUCCCUCCACGUGGCGAGGGGUGUGGGGAGGGAUAAUGUGGAGAGGGCAGAUGCACUCCAGUUAACAGUGGAGGAAUUUGUUGAGCGUUACGAAAAACCUUACAAGCCUGUAGUCUUGCUGAAUGCUCAGGUGGGCUGGUCUGCCCAAGAGAAGUGGACUCUGGAACGACUGAAACGCAAGUAUAGGAACCAGAAGUUCAAAUGUGGGGAGGACAAUGAUGGUUAUUCUGUGAAGAUGAAGAUGAAGUACUACAUAGAGUAUAUGGAAACCACACGUGAUGACAGCCCGCUCUACAUCUUUGACAGCAGUUACGGGGAGCAUCCCAAGCGCAGGAAACUCCUGGAGGACUACAAAGUACCCAAAUUCUUCACUGAUGAUCUGUUUCAGUAUGCAGGGGAGAAGCGAAGGCCUCCUUACAGAUGGUUUGUGAUGGGCCCACCUCGUUCUGGAACAGGAAUUCACAUCGAUCCCUUGGGAACUAGUGCAUGGAAUGCCUUAGUCCAGGGACAUAAGCGUUGGUGCCUGUUCCCUACCAGCACUCCCAGAGAGCUGAUCAAAGUGACGCGAGAAGAGGGAGGGAAUCAGCAGGAUGAGGCUAUCACUUGGUUCAAUGUCAUCUACCCUAGGACGCAGCUACCCACCUGGCCCCCUGAAUUCAAGCCCCUGGAAAUUUUACAGAAACCAGGAGAGACAGUCUUUGUGCCAGGUGGCUGGUGGCAUGUAGUUCUCAAUCUUGACACAACUAUUGCCAUCACGCAAAACUUUGCCAGCUGUACCAACUUCCCUGUGGUGUGGCACAAGACAGUAAGAGGGAGACCCAAAUUGUCACGGAAAUGGUACAGGAUCCUAAAGCAGGAACAUCCUGACUUGGCAGCCUUGGCUGAUUCAGUUGACCUGCAGGAAUCUACUGGUAUUGCUUCCGAUAGUUCUAGUGAUUCUUCCAGUUCCUCAAGUUCCAGCUCCUCAGAUUCCGAUUCAGAGUGUGACUCUGGCUCUGAGACAGAGGGGAUGAUGCACCGGAGGAAAAAGAGGAGAACGUGCAGCAUGAUGGGUAACGGUGAUACAACUUCCCAGGAUGACUGCGUGAGCAAAGAGCGCAGCUCCUCCAGGAUUAGGGAGUCUUGUGGAGGCCGCAGCUACCCCUGAGAGAUAACAACACCCGCCUAGAGGCAGCUGCCGGUCGAAGCUCCGUUAGCAGCCAGCCAGCUCUGUUCUACCCCCUUCUGCUUCUGUUUCUCACAGUCCUUAAGUUUUUGUCACUCUUCCUCGACCCAGACAUCCGUCUUCAUUAUGUGCUGUCGAAGGUUGGCUCCUUAAUAACUUGUAGGGGAAUGCCCCGACUCUACGUUAUAGUGCAAUGCUUUGUCCCCUCUGCGCCCCAAGUGAGUGCACUAAUAACCCAGCUUUGGGUAAGGACACGCCAAGUAUUUAAUGGUUCAUGUAACUGGUAAGGAAGACAACGGUCAGUUUUUAAAGAACUCUUUUUAAAAACAGCAGGUAAAUCUAAAAACCUGCUUUGCUUUGACACUGUCAUAUGUUUACAUGUUGUCCUAUACACUUGAGGAAAGGAACACCAGCCCUUUUGGCCUAUCCGAAUGUCCGGUGGAUCUCGCACCAGAAUUUCAGGAAGGGAAGGUGGAAUGAAUGCUCCAAACACUGAAGCAACUUCAGCGGAGGUGACCACCGACCUGAAGCAUCUUUUGUGGUCUUAAUCUAUGCGCAUACAUCUAAAGUGCAACACCUUAACCAGCAACAGUCCAUUUACUUUUGCUCUGUGUCUGUUAUGAUGACUGGUAACAAAGAUGCACUAGCACCUUGCGAUAGGAA